AGGGCGCCUCCUGCCGAGCCCCGCGCGCCGCAGCCCCCGAGGGGCUUCGAGGUGGUUUUUCCCUUUCCUCCGCCUCCCCCCUGCGGAUUCCAGACACGGACCUUGGUCCUGGCGCUCCCGCUGCCGGGUGACAAGAGCCAGCGCCGCCGCCGCCGCCUCGGCCGCCGCUCGCUCCGGCCGCCCCCGCCGCAGCCCCGGCCGCCCGCUCCUGCCCGCACCAUGGAGUUCUCGGAGAGGAAGCGAAGCAGGAAAUCGCAGAGCUUCAAACUGGUGAGCCGAGAUUAUCACCAUGAGGUAUAUAAGAGCUCAGAAUUCAGCAACGAUGUUAAUGGGGAGGCCAAAGAGACACAACCCAUUUUUUUAGGAGAUGAAAGCAUGGAAAUUAAAAAGCAAAUUACAGGAAUGAGAAGAUUACUGAAUGACAGCACUGGGAGGAUUUAUCAGCGUGUGGGCAAGGAAGGAGAAAAAUUAAAAGAAGAACCCCAGGAUUUGGAUUCCAUCUGGCCUCAGCGUUUGAACUCCUCUGCUGAGGCCCCACAGAACCUCCACCCUUCUUCCCGUGGUGCGUGGAAUGAGUUAUCACCGCAAAGCGGGCAGUUCUCAGGGCAGUAUGGCACCCGCUCCAGAACCUUCCAAAGUCAGCCCCACACCGCUGGGAGCUCCAACGGAGAACUUCCAGUGGUGAAUUCAUCAGUUGGCUCUAACUGCUGUACUUGUAACUGCCAGUCAACGUUGCAGGCCAUUCUCCAAGAACUCAAGACCAUGCGGAAAUUAAUGCAAAUUCAAGCAGUUGGAACCCAAAACAGACAACAGCCCCCAAUUUCCCUUAUAUGCUCCCAGCGAACUGCUGUCUCACGCAAGAGAAAUAAAAAGAAAAAAGUGCCCCCAAAGACUGUUGAACCUCUUACUGUGAAACAGAAGCCCAGUGUGUUAGAAACUGAGAAGAAGACAGCAGUGGCCUCUGAGCAGUCUGGUCUCCAGGCGGCCAAGCACACCUCCACUGGGGAGAACCACGUCCUAGGAUUUGGCAUUGUUCUCGAAUCGCCUUCCUCAGAUCCAGAAGUGCAACUUGCUGAAGGCUUUGAUGUGUUUAUGCCUAAAUCUCAGCUGGACUCUAUAUUGUCAAACUACACUCGCUCAGGAAGCCUUCUGUUUAGAAAACUGGUGUGUGCAUUUUUUGAUGACAAGACUUUGGCUAACUCCUUACCCAAUGGGAAGAGGAAAAGAGGACUCAAUGACAACCGGAAAGGACUAGACCAAAAUAUUGUGGGUGCAAUAAAAGUCUUCACAGAAAAAUACUGUACUGCUCACCACGUGGAUAAACUCCCUGGCCCGAGAGACUGGGUACAGAUUCUACAGGAUCAAAUUAAACUGGCCAGAAGAAGGUUAAAAAGAGGCUCAGAGGUGGCUGACGGUGAUGAAAGACUGGACGGCGUUUCUCUACCACCAACAGGUGACACAUUUGACACCAGGAGAGAAAACACGGAGGACACAGAGCCAGAUUUCACUGCCUAGACUUGCCUUUAGGGACACUGUUCAUUAGCGUAUGCAGCUCUUCUGUGUGAAUUUCCUCCAAGAUCCAUGUAGCAUUUCAGGUUACUCCAAGGAGUGGGUGUUCUGUGAAGUCUACCCAUCAUGGUGGAAUAGUUUUCAUUUACUUUCUUUGUAAUAUGUGAUCAUCAAGCCUCCAAUUGGGUGUAAGAUUUAAAAAAAACAUUUUUAGAGUUGAUUUAUCACCCUUUAAAAGUCCAGCGUACGGUCCCAAUUAGUUCAUUGUCCAUUAAAAAGAAGCAAUUGUCUCUGCCCUGUUUUUUUUUCCACAACCUCAAUGUGAAUACAUGGAGUUUUGAAGCAAAUUUAUUUUAACCUAAAUUUGCUUAGAUGCAGUAUAAAGGAGAAUGGCUCUUCCCAGUAUUGAAGGGUCAGUUGUGAAGGCCAAAAUUAAUUAGACCUUCAUCAGCUUAGAAGAUGGAAAAGAUGUGUUGGGAGACAAGAUAGCUUGAUCUAUUAGGUGAAAUUAUUUAUGAGAUCAGUUCCCCCCAAAAGAAUCAUUUGUAACUGAAUAAGUGCAAAUGAUAUGUGAAUUCUUAGGAAAGAAAAACCUUUCACGUAGGUUGUGUCGACACAGUGACAAAAUAACUCAUUAAAAGAUGAGAAACUCACAAUAACCAGUUAUCUACAUGAUACUUAACUUUUUAACAGAUGGUUUUAACUGAGUGGUCCAGUGUUUGGCAUUGUGUGGCAACCGGCCACAAAUGUACUUAAUUAAUAUUAUAUACUUUAUUUGGUUCCUAGUUCUUUUGCCCUCACUUUAUAUAAAACCAACAAAUGAAACUCUGGAUUCGUUUUAAAGAGAUAUCUUGCCAUGUGGGUAUUUGUAUUACAGAAAUAUUUACCUCCAGAUUCCUUUCUCUAAUAAGAUGGUGACUUUGAAAUGCCAUUUUAUUUAGAAACAUUGCAUUUACACCUCAUUUAUCGUAUAAAGCAAAUUACCUUGAGUCUUUGGCACCUGACCCAAAAAACAAAAAUGGGAUUGAAAGAAAUUUGGACUGAAGAAACACCAAACCCCAAGGGAGAAAAUCGCUGUGCUACCGAUUAACACCUUUCCCUAGCAAUUGUUAAGUCAUAGAGUGUUCAAGCCCAGAGUUAUCGCCGAGGUCCCUUAGUCCCACCCCCUGGGUUUGCAGGUGAGGCAGCUGAGGGGGAGUGAGGUUCAUGGUUGCCCAGGGCCAGGUACCCCUUCAGUGGCCCAAAUGGCCUAGAACCUAAAUUCCUUACUGCCCUGUCCAAGGUACUUGUGCCAUGUCACACUGAAUAGCUAACCUGAGCUGGGAGGGAAGCUCUGGGAUGCAUCAGUUUCCACUGAAGACCAGCUCAUCAGCUGAAGUUGGGAAGAAGCAUCCCCGUAAUGGGACAAAGCUGGUUCCAGGUGUGGCGUGUGGAAUCACUCUAACUACUAAACACCUAACAUCUCAUACAUGUGUGUCUGUCCUUUGUCUUCUUUUUGAAGCUGCAAGAAAGGUUCAGAGCCGUUGUUUCCAUCACACCCUUUAGUUAUUAGCCUUUUACGUGUUAGGCCAGUUGGUAAUCCUUUCCCUGAAACCAAUGCCUCUGUUCAAGUGGUCUGAUGAAGUACCAUGAACCAGGGCCUUUGUUUUCCUGCAACAUAUGUUUUAAAAUUUGUCUUCUGCCUCGCAGAAGGAAAUAUUUCUUAAGGGAAUCAAAAAUAUUAAUUACUGACCUUUCAACUCUAUUACAGUAAGAUGAAAAUGUUGCUAAUAAAAGUAGAAACCUUUACCUUACAACUGUGGGAUCUGUUAAAUACGCACCGUGAACCUUCAAAAGCACUUCCUUCCAAGACUGGGCGACAGCUUGGAUUUGUCAAUACUUGAGGAGGGUGGGGAUUGUUCAAUUCACGAAAAUGUGCAAUGGAUCCACAAAUUGGAAACACAUAUCAUAAACUUGCAACAGUAAAUCCUAUUUUGUAAAUUAAAAUUGUGUUUGUGUUUGCUUACUGUGACUACUGUUCAGACUUUAUUCAGAAAUCCUUUUUAUAGGCUUUCUUAGCAAAAACAAAAUUAUUCCAUAUCUAUGGAUAAUGUCUCAAUCUUCUGUAUAUAUGUUUUAUUAAUAUGUAAAUAUUUAGAUUUUUAAAAAUUACUAUGUUCUUUAAAAAAAUUCAAUGCAAGGCUAGUUGUGAAAAUGGUGUAUAACAUUGUGUUGUGAUAUCAAUUCCCAAGAUGCUCUUUAUGUCCGUUCUGGAAGAAUACAAUAAAUUACUUUAAUUGAA